AGGGCAUCCAAUAUGGCGGCACCUCAACCCCUUCUCCCAGCUCCCCCUCCCUUUCUCCCCGCUCCCCCGCCCGGCCUGGCCCACGGGUGCCCGGAUGUGGGUGACGCGCGGCCGCCAUCUUCCCGUCCCCAGGCUCGGCAGCACCAUUCGGAGCCAGCGCGAGCCGGAGCCGCCGCCGCCGCUGUCCCCGCCCGCCCGCGCGCCCGCCCGCCCCCGCCAUGUCUGCUCCUGCUACUGCCAUGCCCCCUGCUGCCCCAGCAGGAGAAGGGGGCCCUCCUGCUGCCCCCCCAAACCUCACUAGCAACAGGAGGCUGCAGCAAACCCAGGCCCAGGUGGAUGAGGUGGUGGAUAUCAUGCGGGUGAAUGUGGACAAGGUCCUAGAGCGGGACCAGAAGUUAUCAGAACUAGAUGACCGUGCAGAUGCCCUCCAGGCUGGGGCUUCCCAGUUUGAGACAAGCGCUGCCAAGCUCAAGCGUAAAUACUGGUGGAAAAACCUCAAAAUGAUGAUCAUCCUUGGAGUGAUAUGCGCCAUCAUCCUCAUCCUCAUCAUUGUUUAUUUCAGCACCUAAACCCACAGCAGGAGCUGCCCCUGCCCGGGAGAGGGCCCCCUUCCCUCCAUGGCUCUCCCUCUCUCAGCCAUAUCUUCCAGCCCCUUCUCCUGUCCCACCUCCGGUGUGUCUGCGUGUGUGUCCCCCCUUGUAAAUAGCCAGCUGUUAUUUAUACAUAUAUAAUAUUAUAUA